UACUGUUCCCGGCACCCCCUGCGCGGGCGGCCGCCCCUUCGCCGCCUCCCGCCGGUACCGAGCGGUUCGCGGGUGUCGGCGCUGCCCGGGUGCCGCCGCCGUUGCCGCCGCCUCCGCUUCCCGCGCCGGGACAUGGACUCCGACUCCUGUGCCUCCCCGUUCGCCCCGGAGGACUUCUCCCCCGCCUCCCGGCGGCACCGGACCGUGGAAGACUUCAACAAGUUCUGCACCUUCGUCCUGGCCUACGCCGGCUACAUCCCGUACCCGCAGGAGGAAACGCCACUGAGGAACAGCCCGAGCCCUCCCAACAGCACCGGAGGCACAAUUGACAGCGAUAGCUGGGACCCCCGGUUCAAUGACAUCCCCUCUUCUGUUUCCUUGCCUGCCAAGAACAGAAAGAACUUUAGUCAGCUUAAGCGAGCAAAACCGUACGGUUCCCUGUUCCAGCGGGCAAAACCCGGCAACUUCUUGCCAGAGCGAAAGCAAAUCGAUAAAAUCAGGAAGAAGAAAAAGCUGAAGAGGAGGGAAACAGAGGUGUCUGCAGAGGAGGACUACGAGGAGAAGCUGCUGGAGCUGGAGGCAGAGGACUCUUAUGUAGAGACACCGAUGAGCCCCUCAUCCGAGGGCGACCCCCAGUCUGCGACCGAGCACUGCUCGGUGUGGGACUCUGACACCCCCUCCAGUGUCUCCUACCCUGCUGUGACGGCCGAGCAGACGGUGGAGAUCCAGAGCGUGGGCAAACGAACGGUCAUUCGGCAGGGCAAGCAGGUGGUCUUCCGGGAUGAGGAUGGCACCGGUGACGACGAGGACAUCAUGGUGGAUUCGGACGACGACUCGUGGGACCUAGUCACUUGCUUCUGCAUGAAGCCUUUUGCCGGGCGGCCGAUGAUCGAGUGUAACGAGUGCCACACCUGGAUCCACCUCUCCUGCGCCAAAAUCCGCAAGUCGAACGUCCCAGAGGUCUACAUAUGCCAGAAGUGCCGGGACUCCAAGUUUGACAUUCGCCGCUCGAACCGCUCCCGGACGGGCUCGCGCAGGCGCUUUCUGGACUAGGGGCGGGAGGCGUGUGCUGGGGCGCUGCUUGGGCGGGCGGGUGAGCCGCGGGCGCCGGCCAGGGGGCCGGGGACAGCUCCCCCGAACUGCUGCUGCUCAGGCUGACGGGCUGCCCGGCUGUGACAGGGACGAGAAAUCGCCAAGUCGUGGGCAGCCGGGGCUGGAAGAGGCUGGUCAAAACUGCUGCUAGAUACCGAUUAGCUCGAGGGACAGACUAAGCUCUCUGGGUUCGGUGGGGUUUUGUCCGGUUACAACUCUGAAUUGGGUGAUGUCUGGGGAAUGUAUAAUACCUUUGCCACGUACGUUUUCUCAUCAUAUCGGGAAACUGCAAACCUUCUCUGUGCUAGGAAACUGUGUGAAGAGGGAAUCUGUGUGAAGAGUCUGAAAAGUAAAUGGCCAUGUGUUUUAAUGUAAUAUUA